CAUUUGCACUCUGCACAGAUUGCAGAGAUGUUUAGUCAACUCAAGUCUUCCAAGGGUUGCACAACCCAAACGCUGUGCAUAUUUAAUUGACUUCAAAUAAAUCAAUAUACAAACAUAUUAGAAAUAAAAUAUAAUCAUAUUAUUUGAAAAGCAAGCUAAUUGCAUUACUUUAAAGUAAAUAUAAAUAAUAAAAGUGCUGCUGCUGUACAAAAGAUUCUUAUUAAGACUGGAUAUGCAUGUGUGGAAACCAUUUUUGGCAAUUUGAGAAAAAUCGAUAAUCAACGCAAUAAGAGAUACAUCUUCAUGGAACUAAAAAAAAAACCACUGCAGUAUGUUUUGGUGCCAACUACCAAUUUGGAAAUUUGACGAAAAUUAUCUAGUAACUGGCGACGGUGGCAAAAUCCGAAAAAAAAGAAAAUUACUUGCCUAUUUUUACGAUGGGCUGAAUAAAAAUUCGUUUGAAAGGUAUUCAUUACAACAAAGCCCCACUAACAAAUUUCCAUAGUAAAAUGCGUGGGUAUUGGAGCUGCGUAUUAGAAAAUUUAUGCGGUUUCUCCGUUACUAAGUGGAUUAGAGGAUUAACGUGAAUUUGAAAAAAAGAAGCAAGUGGAAUAUGCUUGAAAAGCGAAGCAAAAAGAAGUUAUAAAGCGGCAGAAGAAAUGCUAUAAACUUCAAAUUAAUGCAACAAAUCACUCAUCACAGAGUCUUCCAUUUAGGUGAUUACUAUUUAAGCUAAUUAGUCAGGAGUUUAGUACCAUAUUGACUAGGCUCCAGAUAGCGCGAAAAUAAAAAUUCUGCAACAAAAAAUAAAUAAAAUAAAAUAAAUGAAUUAACUGCGCUCGAAUAAAAAUAAUAAAAUUCUUUGUACGCGCGUUCAAAUUAUAAAAAAAGUUAGUAAUAAUAAAAUAAAUUCCAGUACACUCGUAGUUUAUAGCAAACGUCAGUGGGAUGCCCUUAUAAAGGGAUCUAAAGCUAUAUUUCGUAUUUAUGCAUAAUCCAACGUCUUCCAUGUUGCUAAAUCAAACAACAAAAUAUUUAUAACAUUUAUAAAAUUUGCUGAAACAUUGAUAGUAUUUAAGAAAUAAAUAAAAACGAAGAUAGUUAAGUAUAAUCCCAUGUCUUCCUGCGUGUGCGCUGAAAAUAUAAAUUCUAUAAGUGAUAUAUACAUGUUUAAUGAAUAUCAUAUUAAUAUUUUGACAAGAAAUAUUUCGCUUGUGAAUUCAUAUUGAUUACUAAGAAAAAAUAAACAUGUGAAACUCCUCAUACUAUAAAUAAUCCAAUGUCCUCCAUAACAUUAAUGUAGUUAUACUAUGAAAUAAGAAAAAAAUAAUUUUAUGUAAAAGCGGAAAACUAAUAUUUAUAUAUAUGACCCCAUGUUUUUCUUGUGGCAGACGCAUUAAUCUGUAUAUGUUCGUAUACAAACUAAUCGUGUAAACCAAUGAAACUAAAUUUACACGGAGUAAAAUUGAUAACUUUAAACUAUUAAACAAAAACAGAUAUACAUACAUAUUUUGUUAAUAUACAUAACAAAAAAAAAAUACCAAAUAUGCUUUCCUCAACCAUUCACACGGCACCGAUCGAUAACGAUGUAACUUCAGAUGUUUUCAAAAUGCCGAAACCAAAAAAGCGCCGCAAGCGUCGAAAACGCACUACUGCCGCUCCACCCACAAAGUCCAACGCAACUUCCGCGACCGCAAGAGAGGCCGACAAUACACUCUCCGUAGCCACUGUCUCCAGCACCACCAGCACUUGCACGAACACAACGACACGUCGUCGCGCUGUUCACAAAGAGCGCCGCUAUUUUCAACAUGAUACGCGUGAAAUUGUCAAAACGAUAACAAAGAGUGAACUCAAUUAUGCUGCAGUAGCGAAGAAAUUCAAACCACUUGCAACAUUGAAUAAAAAUAGAAUGCAAAACAAACCGGCAAAGCACACAAACCCAUGGCAUAAACAACAAAUGAAAUUCAACAAACGUCAGCAGCAGCUACAAACGAAAAUGCCUACAAAGCAUCUGGCAAAAUAUGCUCCACACUUUUGUGCCUCAUCAACAGCCACCACUACUUCGUCACAGCCUGUUCAUUGCAAUUGCGCAUGUGCCAUUGCCACCGUCGCCACCCCACAUACCAAACGGAAGUGCCAGAAAAGCAACAAUUGCGAAAGUCAUACAUUUUCUAAUAACAAACGGCCGGCUGUGGAUCUGAAACAACAAUCUUCCAUAGCAGUCGAAUCUGCUUUAAUGGUAGAAGAAUUGUUGAAAAAACUACUUAAAACUCAAGCUACUAAUGUCAAUAUUGCCACUUCAAUGCCACAUUUGCUGAGUUUAAUGCCACAUUCCGGCAUUGGUUCCGGAUCCGGCCAGCGAAUAUCGCUGUUAGAUUCGCUUUUAGGCGCACACUUUCAGCAUACGACUAGUCUGCGCCAGCAGCAACUUAGACAUGUCGUUAGUGUUCGUGAGACGCAUCAAAUUGCUGAAGCACAGCAAGAGAAGAACGCUAAAUUACGUGAAGCUUUCAACAUUUCUGAAUACUUUGUUGAAGGCUCAAGUUUUGAUUCGGAUCGUAAAGCAAAGGAAGAUUUAGCUAAAAGCCUGGCGCUGCAAAAGGAGCUUGACGCGCAACGCGAAAGCGCCACAGUAAGCAAAGAUAAGGAUAGGGAACGUGCAGAUAAGCGACGUUAUGCAUUAGUGCGCACGCCAUCGCGUGAAAAAGACAUUGCUGGCAGUGGUGGCAGCAAAGGCGGCAGUGAUAAUGAAACUCAUGAGCAUGUAUCAAAAUCAGAGAAGAAGAAAAAGAAGAAGCGCACGCGUGAAAGGUGAGUUUUAGUUGUAAAAUUUG